AUGGCGCGCGGCAGCAGCAGGGUCUCCCCGCCGGGUCCCCGGCCCCCCACGGCCCCCACCCCGCUGCUCCGUCCCCGCGGCACCCACCCGGCUCUGCCCGUCUCUUCCGCGGGUCCCCACCUCGCACACACGGAGGUGCCCAGGGUCGAGGCGGGGGACACGACGCCCAGACGCCCGCGGCCUCUCAGGCGCCGGCUGUGCCCGCAGGUGGACAUGCCCCACGUAGAGUUCAAGGACCAGGAGCCGCAGGCGAUGGGGGAGCACCAGCAAGGCCAGGAGCACGGCGAAGAGGAAGCUGGUGGAGGGUCAGCUAGUGCCAACCGCCAGCUGCCCGCGCUGGAAGGAAAGCCAGUACCCUACUUCUCCUCUCUGGAGUCAAGCAUUGAUAUCCUGAAGAAAAGAGCCCAGGAACUGAUCGAAAACAUCAACGAGAGCAGGCAAAAGGAUCAUGCACUCAUGACCAACUUCAGGGACAGCCUCAAGAUCAAGGUCACCGAUCUGACAGAGAAGUUAGAGGAGAGAAUGUACCAGGUUUACAACCACCACAGCAGGAUCAUCCAGGAGAGGCUCCAAGAGUUCACCCAGAAAAUGGCAAAGAUCAGCAAUCUGGAAACAGAGCUCAAAGAAGUCUGCCACACUGUAGAGUCCGUGUACAAAGACCUGUGCGUCCAGCCUGAGGUGGGAGUGACAUCCUCACAGGGUGGGGCUGGGGGCUGUCCUGAGGAAGGGGACUUGUAAUGGCUAAACUGGGAGUGAAUGUGGACAGGAGUCCACUGCCCAGCCCUAACAACAGGGCCACACGCCCUACAGAACCCUGUGGCCCCCAAAACAGUGUGUCCAAGCUGAGAAACCAAACCACUGUCACUUCUCAUCACUGUGUGGCU